GGUUUGGGAUUGUCAGAGUGGCCAAUGUGUUGGUGUUGUUACUAUGAGAAGUGAAGUUGGUUGCAUGAUCAGUGAGGGGCCGUGGAUUUUUAUAGGGGUUACUAAUGCAGUCAGGGCUUUGAAUACUCAAAUGUCUCUUGAUUUAAGCCUCAAUUAUUUAAUUAAUUAUCCUUUUUUUGGAAAAUCUUUAAUAUUUCUAAAUUGUAUCUGCGUUUAAGAAAUGAAGAGAUGUAAGAUAGAUUGGUUAUGUUGUCGAUGACAUAGGUUCAUAUUUUUUGAUCAAUGAUAUUAGGUUUUUCUUUUGUGGUGAUCAUAUGUAUUUCUUUAUUGAGGAGUUUGAUUAUUGACACUUUUGAGAUUUGUUAAGUAGAUUAUGUAGUAGAAGUCCAUGUUUGUAUUGGGUAUCACGUGGCUGAAUCAUCCAUUUUGUCAAAGAAGAUAGCCACUGAGGCUCCUCAGUCUAUUCCAAGUAAGUUUUCUUACCAUGGCUUUUGAAUUGUAAAUUUCAUGUUUAUUAUGAACAUGCAUCUUUCAGAAGUUGACAAAGCUCCCUCACUGAGUUCUUAAUUUAAGGUACCAAAAUUAUAAUAGAAUGUGUAUUACAUUUAUCUAUAGUUUGAGGAUAUUUGCAUCAUUUUGAGCAAGCUAAUAGCAAUUUCAAUGAUUUGAGGGACUACUUUCAUUAAUAAAAAAUAAAGUAAUUAAUGAAAAGUUUGUGAAAAAAUAUCAUUUCUUGAAAAAGAAAGAGAAAUAUAAAGUUAAAAGAAGAGUGAGUUUCAUUGCAAUUUUACUUCUUAGUUUCGAUAUUAGUCCCUUAAAUAUUUCUUUUUUUUAAUUAGUCCCUUAUAUUGUUAAAACUGCUAUUAGGUUCCCCAAUUAUUAAAAUACACUACUGUUAAAUUGUUGAUCAGAUAAGAGGCUCUCAUUGCAUAAGUUGUAACAAUCAUUGUCGCUGUUGAUUUAUAAGGAACCUUUUUCCUCAAGUCCUUAAACUUUAGUUGUAAAAGUGAAGUAACUGCUUCUCAAUUAUUUUUUGAUGAAAUGUUAUACUUUAUUGGAUUUCUCAAUACAGUCUUAUUUUCUAAUAUGACCUCUAUAAAGAUAACAUAUCAUAAUAGACAAAACAUAAUUCAGCUAACACUAUUCCUGUUUUCUUUUUAAAUGUGAAAAGAUAAGAGAGAUUCAUCAAGGAAUCUGUGAUGUCAAUGUUAUAUAUUGCGUUUCUUUUUUCCUUUGGGAAUGCUCAAUCAACAUUCCAAUUAGGGUUGUUUUCUCAUCGGGUAUUGGGGAUUUUGGCUAGGGUCUGGUUGACAUUGAAUUAGGGAUAUGGGUAGGUUUACUUUUAUCUGGGGUUUCUUUUUCAGCUUUGGGAUUGGCAGUUCUGAGGGUGUGAACGUUACGAAUCAAGCACUGAGGCACUACGGCGUGACGAAGCCGAUCUCUACUGCUGGGGCAUCAAAUGUUGAUCUGCAAAGAAGCGUGGAAUUGGAGAAAUUCUUGGUGGAUGUGGGACUCUACGAGAGCAAGGAGGAAGUUGUUAAGAGAGAAGAAGUAUUGGGACAAAUUGAUCAGAUUGUUAAAGAGUGGGUGAAGCAACUGACUCGACAGAGAGGGUAUACUGAUCAGAUGGUUGAGGAGGCCAAUGCUGUUAUUUUUACAUUUGGUUCUUAUCGCUUAGGAGUAAGUUGAAAUAUUACUUUUUAAGAAACAUAAUCUAUUUUUAAAUUUGAAGGAGCAAAUUGUUUCUGAUGUCUA